AUGGACGUCUCCGAACUAUUCACGGCCCCUCCACCCAAGUCAGACCCUACGAAAAAUCCGGUGCUAUCCAACCUCGGCGAGGUUAACGGAGGUUCUGGGAAGCGUAAUCGGCUAUCAGAUGGUGCCCAUCAAUCUACCGCAGAACCGGAUAUUAAACGAGCUAGGGUGGUUACAUCCAAAGGAAAGCAGCGUGCUGAAGACUCCUUUGAAUAUUCAGAAACUUGGAAUGGCGAAGAUGAAGAGGGUGGAAGGUUCUUCGGUGAUGGACUCACGUCAGAGCAGAAGGAAAUCAUUAAUAUCUUGAACCAGGACACAGAAGACCUAAAUGAGGGUCCGCCAGGAGAUUCUACUGGAGUGGAAAAGCUUAAACUCAAGGAAAUCAAGAAACAUUGUUUGAAUCUUGAACGAGCUAUCAACAAAAAUCGAGAAAUGCGCACGAAAUUCGAAAACAACCCCGAAAGAUUUGUGGACUCGGAAUUCGAGCUCUCAGAAAGCAUCGUCAAUCUCUCUCUCCUAACUCAAUGCCCAGCCCAAAGUUAUCCGGAGUUGAAUAGGCUGGGAACACUUGGUAGCUUGGUUGGACUUUUAUCUCACGAGAACGUCGAUAUUACAAUCGCAGUGGUAGAACUCUUACAAGAACUUACGGACGAUGACGUUUUAGAAAAUCAGGAAGAUGAGCAAACAUUAGAAAAUGCAGAAGACAAUUCUCACCUACCAGCCGCCGAGGCCGUCAUGGCGAUGGUUCGCUCUCUGAUCGAUCAGCAAUUACUUGAAAUGCUUGUUUCUACCCUUGUUGACCGGCUCGAUGAAAAUGAAGAGGCGGAACGAAGUGGAUUAUUCCAUUGCUUAGGAUUGAUAGAAAAUUUAAUCUCUCUAGAGCCUUCUUUGUCGGUCAGAUUUGUACAGAAAACACCACUGCUGGAAUACUUAAUGAAACGGAUUCGACCAUCGAAGUCUUCAUCUGAAACCCAAGAUUUGGAGUCGUUGAAGUUUCAGAAUAAGCAAUACGCCAGCGAAAUUUUGGCCAUCAUUCUUCAAAAGGACGAAGAAAAUCGGAACAAACUAAUCGAGUUAGGCGGCAUGGAUACUCUGCUUGAAGCUUUAGCAGUGUAUCGUAAAUGUGAUCCCAAUGAUGCAGAUGAGAUUGAGUUCAUGGAAAAUGUAUUUGAUUCUCUGUGCAGUGUUUUACUUGUACCAGAUCACAAAGUCAAAUUCCUGGAAGGCGAAGGCGUGGAAUUGAUGAUAAUCUUGAUGAAGCGUAAAAAUUUGGCAAAAUAUCGAGCAUUAAAAGUUUUAGAUCACGCCCUUUCCGGUGAUGAGGGAAGCGCAAAUUGUGAAAAAUUUGUUGAUUGUCUAGGAUUGAAAACACUUUUCUCCUUCUUUAUGGGCAAAAAAAACUCAAAGAAAUCUACGUCGACUCAUGAUGAUGAUGAACACAUGCUUGGAAUAAUCGUCUCACUUUUUUUCAACCUCGAAUCCGACAGCCAGCUCCGAUUGAGGCUGUUGACCAAGUUUGUGGAAGAAAGUUAUGAAAAAGUUGAUCGACUGAUCGAAAUCAGAGAAGGUUUUCGGGCCAGAGUACAUCAUUUCAUCGCAAACUCGCCAUUUCUAGAGAAUGAGAUGGACGAAACCGAGAUCUAUCUCAUGAAGCUAGACGCUGGAUUGUUUGCCCUACAGCUAACAGAUGUUAUCAUCGGUUGGCUGUGCAUGGAAGAUGAUGGAGUGAGAGAUCAUUUCAAAAUGUUGCUGAAGCGCAAUGAUCAAGACUUUGGCACAAUCACCGACGAGUUGAAGGUUUAUGCCGAUAGUAUGGGAGAUGGACCUCGCAAAGAAGGAAUCGAACAUCUCAUAACUUACUUAGGAUCGCUAUGA